AUGCAGUUCUCAUAUCUGACACCAGAUCGCUCGCGACAUGAGCGCUCAGAUAUUGUCUCCAAAGAGGAAGUACAGCCUCUGGACACUAGUGAUUCCGACAGCUCUCAUCUUUCAUAUCACUAUACAAAGCGGACAGCAUCAGGUGUUUCCCACAGACUUCUAGUCUGCAUUCUAGUUGGCACCAACUUCUUGCUAUUACUGAGUAGCACGGCGUUGAUACUGGCCAGGAAUGCCGUCAAAGAGGAACAUUACAUUGAGAAGAACCGUAGUUCCUAUUCUCCCGUGUACGAUCGUCUUCAUGUAUAUCGAUCCGAAGUUCGCCACAAUUUUACAAACUACUGGCCGGAUAAUAACCCAUCCAUUUUUCAGCAAAUGCCCUCGCCAGAAGUCGACGAGGCGUGGUUCAGAGCAAGUAGGCAGCAUUCCAUUGCCUUGAGUGCCGAUGAAGUUCGCCGUCUCGGUUAUGACCCAGCUACGGUAUGGCCAGCACCGAAAGAUGAAUUUGGAGAGGGAGUAUACUACGGAGUUAUCGACGUAUUUCAUCAGAUUCAUUGUCUAAAUGCACUUCGACAAACCGCAUUCCCACAAUACUAUGGGGAUAUGAGGGAGAAGAACAAGCACAGCCCGCUGAAGUGGGAUGACCAUCUUCUUCAUUGUUCAUAUGCGGUGCUGCGAAGUCUCAUGUGCCAUGCUGACUUGGAAGUCAUUGUAGGCCAGAAGUUUACAGGCUGGCCGGGUUUGAACAUGAACUUUGCUAGUACUAAGCAAUGCCGCAAUUAUGAGGAGAUUCUUGAAUGGAAGGAAGCCAACAGUAUCAUACCGCAUGAGACGAAAUGGACAGAAUUCCCUGAUCAACCUAUUAUUGAGAUGGAUCCCGAGGGGGUUCUCACUCCAUAUGGUAAUCACCUGGGAUUGGAGGAUUAUGCUUUGAGCCAAGGCAUUGAGCUGGAUAUACCGCCCGAGCUGGCCUGGCAGCCAAAGAAAAAACCCGAGGGCUUAUGA